CGCCUGGUCUGGCAGAAACCAUAAGGUUCCCCGCUUCAAUGUCGCAAGAGAUUCCAGAUGGAAUACCCUUCACAUUGUAAGCAAUUCCGUUUCUCCAAGUUCCCUGUGCUUGAACAGAUCAUCAGCUUCACAUCACUCAUUCGCGAAAUAGCAAAGGACACCUCGCCAAAUACUCAUGGACAACCUCAGAAUCCUCUCGAUACCUUCAAUCGGUGGUUGCAAAAGCUAAGGAACGACUUCUCGCCUUUCCCACCGGGAACCACCAGUGCCAUAUUUCGCUUCUUAUUCCCUCACGAAGACGCACGACGAAAGUUUGGCAUGCAAGAAACAGCACUGUCUAGGGAACUCGCUAAAUGCCUUUGCAUCUCGGAUUCAAGGUUGUUAGAAUGGGAAACUAAGGGAGAAACCAUUUCUUUAGGGGACCAAUUGCGUCACAUCUUGGAGCCGGCCUGUUCAGACUUAGGCGCAAUCUGCUCACUCAAUGUUACGGCUGUUGACGCGUUAUUGGACGAACUCGCUGCAAUAUCACGAUUCUCUGCCAACUCAAUUCGCGCAAAAUUUCCACGCAAACGACGCAGAAGCCGGGAAACGAUACUGAAGGAACUUUUCCGACCAUUGUCCCCCUUUGACUCCGCGUGCUUAACGCAAAUUAUUCUGAAGGAUCUUCGACCCCUUAUGUAUCCCCUUUGCGAAAAACAAUUGCAUUACACAACGGCAUUGAAGGAAUUCAGGUCAAACUGCGUAAUAGAGUUGAGCAGAUUCAAUGCCAUGAAGGCCUGGGAUCCUACCUACGCCCUAAUAAAGAACCAUCGGGUCUGCUGUUCCCUAGACAAUGCUUGUGAUGCAUUUGAACGCAACGAACCGAUAACGAAACCGACUGUUGGGGCACAGCUGGAGGUGCCAAAGUCCCAGAAGGGUCGCGACUUUCGUCAUGCUCUAUCCUUCCUCUCCCGGUCGAAGAAAGUGUGGGCUGAGACCAAGUACGACGGCGAGAGAGCACAAAUUCACGUCAAAAUUACCAAUGGACGUCCCAAGAUCAAAAUAUUCAGCAAAUCGAAAAGAGAUUCAACAGACGAUCGGAUAGCGGUUCACUCGAUUAUUUUAGAAUGUUUGGGCUUGGACACUUCAACCUUCGAGGAUGUGAUCCUAGACGCAGAGAUGGUACCUUUCAAUGGUGAAAAGAUUGAAGGUUUUUGGAAGAUACGUCGAUUGAUAGAGAGUACGGCCAGUGGUGCACGGAGGAAAGUUGCGAAGGACACAGAACCAGAAAGCCCGGAGACGCAAUUCACCCAAAGUUCUAAGGAGGAGGAUUGCCCAUCCCAUCUUGGUUUGAUAUUCUUCGAUGUGAUGCACCUCAAUGGCCGGUCCUUGUUGACGCGACCUUACCACGAGCGUCGAGGGAUUUUGGAAACCUUGAUUCGGGUUCUACCCGGCAAGGCAUUGUUGGCGGAGCGCUGGGAGAUCGACAUGAGUAACUUGGGGCGGCAGGGGGGAUUAUCUAGUUGGCUCCCUCCCAAGAGAAAGGUGACUGAGGAUAACCAUUAUGGGAGCCCUGAGACUCGCCUCGGUCGCAUUUUUGCACGCACACUAGCAUCGCACGAAGAAGGCCUGAUUCUCAAAGCGGCUGAAUCUACCUAUAACGAUUGGGUCCUCCCUUGGGUCAAACUGAAGCAGGAUUAUAUUCCAGGACUGGGCGAUGCUCUGGAUCUCGUCAUAGUUGGGGCUGGGUGGCAAAAGGAAAGAGCAUUGGAACUUAGAAUCCCUCGAACUACCCUGAUAACAUUUUACAUUGGUGCACUGACGAAUGCAGAGGAGAUGGCAGUGAAUCCCGCUGCGAAACCGCACUUCCUCAUAUACUUCACGUCGUCGUAUGGUUUAACGCGAGGCGAACUUGAAGAAGCUAAUUUUUUGGUGAAAAGUAACGAUCCGGUUCAUUAUUAUGACAAGAGUAAACAUAAGACCCUUUUCUACGAUUUCACUCUCGCAACCCACACACACCUUCAAGUACUUUUGAGGGAGCCGUUAUUGGCAGAGUUGUUUGGUGACCGAUUCACAAAGGCACGCGAUGAAGGUUACUUCGAAAUUCGCUGGCCACGCAUUACAAAGAUCCACCGCACAUCUGAACGUAGCUGGCGAGAUGGUCUCAGCUUAUCUGAGUUGCAGGCUGUCGCCUCACAAACAAUAGGAAUGGACCAUGACAUAGAUCUCGAUGCCGCGAGGAUAUGGAAAGGAAAGGAUGCCAUCCUGCCGACAGAUGAUUGGAGGGGAAGGUGUCGGAAGUGGGAAGUUAGACUUGGUGUUGCCGAGAGGGACGUCGUGCCACCUCAGAAACGACACCGAGGUUCCGAGCUGCGGACUAGUCAGUUGGCAGAAGACCUUCAGGAUAUGGCGUCUGAUUACUCUUCUCGGACCUUGCGGGUAACCACGAAUUUACCGCAAGCUUCUGCACAUUCGGAGAAGCCGCUAUCACAAGAAGGCGGUGUCGCAGAAUCCUAUGCGUCGUCAGAAAAUUCUCAAAGCAGUCUAAUUGCAACAUCCAGUCUCUUUCGUGCCAUUAUAAGAAAGUAUCCGAGUCCACCAACCUCUCCCGUGGACACAAGGCCGCCGGUCGUCAACCAAUAUGCAGAUGUCAACAAACGGUCAUCUGCAAGCUUUGCGACGGAGAACGAUGGGAUUGACUUCCUUCAAGCUGCCGUUGUAUGGUAUGAUGUCGAAGUCGGUAUUGGGCAAAUGUCCGACCUCGCUUUAGCAUACCUACAGACCAAUCGAGUACACAGUCUAGAGGCGCUUCUCACAGGCAGUGGUUGGCACCCUAUAACGUCUGGUUCACCGUGGAUACAGCGGGCGGUUGUAUUUCUGGAUCCGAAGACAGAGGGUGGCCGUCUAUUUGAACAGGAUCUGUUGUUAUCGCUCAAGCAGCGGCUGGGAUCAAUCCCCACUCAUGUCCGGAAACCAGUCUGGAUAUUCAACAGCCAGACAUUUAAUUGGAGUGAGCCUUAUCGACGACAGGCUCUCAGUAUUGUUAGGUAACUAGAGGGCACCCAUU